AUGUCACAGCAACUCAACUCGCUCCAGCACAAAGAACCAUGGGAUGUGCCCCCAGAAGUCCUAGCAACAGACACAGUGUUCCAGAUGACUGUGAUCUUCCAGCUGAUGGCUUUCUGCCUGGGUCUCCUCUCCACCCUCCUCCUGGUCAUAGCCACCUGCACCGAUUGCUGGAUGGUUAAUGCUGAUGAUAGUUUGGAGGUCAGCCUCAAAUGCCGGGGGCUGUGGAGGGAAUGUGUCACCAACGUGCAGGAUGGCAUCAGGACUUGUGACCAGUAUGACUCCAUUUUAGCAGGCCAUCCAUUGAAGAUCGUGGUGACGCGAGCACUGCUGAUCGCAGCUGACAUUCUGGCGGGCUUGGCUUUGAUUACGCUGCUGUUGGGUCUGGACUGCAUCAAGUUUCUCAAGGAAGCGCCCCAUAUCAAACUGAAGAUGUGCUACAUGGCUGGGUUAACCCUUGGCCUUGGAAGCGUCCUUGGCAUGGUCGGCUCCGUGUGGUAUGCAGUGGAUGUCUAUGUGGAGAGAGCUACCCUGAUAUUACACGACGUAUUCCUGGGGAUCCACUACGACUUCGGGUGGUCUUGCUGGCUGGGAAUGGUUGGUUCGACAGGUUGCUUUAUGGCAUCCAUCAUGCUAACCUGCUGCCUUUAUAUCUUCACAGGUCAGUAA